AUGCUUCAAAGCCUUAUAAAAAUGCUAAAAUCCCCAACGAAGCCCUACUGUACCUAAGUUUAGCAAGAGAUUUGGGUAGGAAUGGGGUUAAUGGGCUUCAUCAUUUGUAAAAUCAGGAGUGCUAAUAAAAGAAGUAAAGCUUUGAAAGCUUCAAGUCCUGCACCUGCUUAUGGUCCUCAUUAA